UGCGGAGAGGCUGAGACUGAGAAGAGGAGAGGGGGAGAGGGCACGGGGACCGCCCUUAGCUACAGUCUUUCAGCUGUCCUCGGGAAAGGGAAGGGGAAAGGGAGGGGGCCGGGGCGGGAGUGGGGGCUGUCACCCUCGGACCCCGGCGUGAGAGGGGCCGUGCGGUCGGACGUCCUCGGGGUAGGCCCCCUGUCGGUGGCCGAAGACCUGGGGCUCAGUCCCCUCGGUCCCGAAUUUCCGGGCCUGACCCCACGCUUCUCAAAUAUCCGGGUCUCAGCCCUGAGAUUCCAGAUAUCCGGGACUCGGGUCCCAACCUCUCUAAACCUGGGGCUCUGUUUCACAGGGUUUCAAAUAUCUGGUUCAGGACCCUGCGUGCACCAGUAUCCGGGGUUCAUUCCCCACGAGUUCAGAUAUCAGAUUCGGCCUCCCCGUUCGAAUAUCUGGAGUUAAGACCCCACAAUCAGAAAUCCGGGACUCAGCAACUGUCGCCCUCGAGGAAAAGGAGGACUGGACCGCGAGGUCAGAUCAGGUUGUCACCCCCUCCCCUCCAGGGGAGGCUUCCCGGGCCCGCCCCUUAGGAAGGGCGAAAGCCGAGGAAGAGGUGGCAAGGGGAGAGGUCUCCUUGCCCCUCUCCCUGCUUGGCAGAGCCGCUGGAGGACCCCAGGAGGAGGCGGAGGCGCUGGGGCACCAUAGUGACCCCUACCA